UGUCACAUGACACAUCAUUAAAAAAUUAAAAUUGAGCGCGAGAUUUUUAAUUUUAUUGCAAACUAUUAUAAUGUAAAUUAAAAUUUAAACAAAUUACACUGAUCAGUGUUAAAUUUUGUUCAAUUACUGCUCUGCCGUGCCGUGAGUCAUGUUAUAAAAACUUAGCUCCUACCUUGGCUCCUACUCGAAGAUCCAAAUGUUGACUUUGGGUGUUACCUAACCAUUCCCUAGAUAAGAAAGUUUUCGGUUAAUAAUCUAGCCCUAAUUUAGUGCUUAUGUAGGUUAACUGUGUGUGCUGGAAGCUGAAUCAUCUAGACUUCUAGAGUGUACGAAUCUUAUCAAUUGAGUAAUUAAAUUUCAUCACGAUGGCUGAACGUGAAAAGGAUUUAUUUCGCGACACCUGGGUACGAUUUAUUGGUUACUCCAACGAGGUGGGCGAGUCCUUCCGUCCGGUGGUGCCGGUCAAGCUGGUGAGAGCCACGUACGGUGUGGCCUUCGCGUACGUCCUGGCAGACACUGUGGACAAGAGUUGGAAGAUGUUUAGGAAAGGUGGUGGACCAAAGAAAGUUUUUGUGGAAACCGGUGAUGCACUAAUUUGGCAGACGUUGGCUUCAGUGGCAAUACCAGGUCUAGUUAUAAACAGAAUAUGUCAUUACACCCAAAGGUAUCUAGAGAAGAAUGUACCAAAGAUAACCCAUGCCCCAAGGAAAGUGGCAGCAGUAGCGGUCGGCCUGGCUUCCAUACCCAUCAUUGUAUACCCCAUAGACAAGGGAGUCUCUCUUCUCAUGGACGUCACUUAUAGGAGGUGGUACCAUAUGUAACGAUGCAGGGCUCUCUCUGUUACAUAAUCCCAUACAAAUGACAAAGACAAAAAACUCAUUUCAUCUCAGUCAUUUCCUGUUUUUUUUUAGCAAUGUAUUUUGAUACAAUUUACACGAAAAUGUGACUGAGUGAUUCUGACAUAAUCUCUAAAGUAAACAUAACUAAAAUAUAUUGCUAUCUUUUUCAUAAUGCUCCCUGUGGAAAAGGAUAGCUUUAGAUUUAGUCCUGUCGGUUUUUAGUUUAGAAAUUACAACAGAAUAAUAAGUGUGAGUCAAAUGUCUCGUAUUGUAGGACACCAAUCUACAGUGUGAAAAUUAUGUAUACCUAUGCCAUAUUAUUUUUAGGAAAAUUAUAAAUUUUUGUGAUAUAAUAUAGUAAUUUUGUGAGAAAAUAGUGUAAAAAUGUUUAAAAUGAUAAAAGACAUUAGUUUAAAGAUUUAAUAUGAUAUAGCUCAACGUAGAUCGAUUAAGUUACGCCAUGUAGAAAAUUCUCGCCGAAUUAAGUAGCAAUAUAAUACCAUCUGUUAGUUUAAAUUGAAAAUACUGGCUUUUUAUAGAAUUACUACUUGUUUUGUAGACAUAAUAUGGGCUGAUUCUAAUAUGGACCGAUUUUUCAAUCGCCAAACUUAGAAAUCAGUUUUUGCAUACAUAAUAUCCAUAGGGCAAAAACAUAUUUCAUUAAUUCAUUCUUCAGAAAAUUUACAAAACAUAACAUACUUUCACAAAAUAUUUGGUGAUUGAAAAAUCGACGCUUGGUAAAACUUUAUUCUAUGCAAAUAGGCAUCAAAUGCUUUGCAAUUUAAUUGCGAAAAUUGUAUGAUCAUUUAAAUAUUGAAUAUUCUAAUUGAUAUGUGAUACUUAUUUUUGUUAAGGCCAUAAAUAUGUGCCUAUGUCUACUGUUUAUUAAAAUAUUGUUGAUAAAAA